AUGAUGAAAGUCUUAGUGGAACAAAUUAAGCAGUUACAAGAGCAGAUGCAAAGUUUUCGGCACAUGUUUACCUUUGUGCAACAACAGCAGUCUCAAAUAAUUAUGAAGGUUCUAGAAAAACAAAACUAACUUGGCUCGGUUUUGCAUGAUGAUUUCGAUAAUUAAUUAUUAUGAGUAAUCAAUUAGACUGCUAGCAGUCUGCCUUUUCUCUCAAAAUCCGUCUAAUUCCUAUCUCAGUCAUCCGGCACGAUUGCAAACCGCGACGUUGUUGUUACAAUAAGGGAUUGAGACGAGACUAGAAAGCAAAAGUUAAUCACAAUCACCAUAAUCAUAAUCACUUUUUUUAAAUUUCUUUUUUAAUAAUUAAUGUGAUUUUUGACGUUUAUACCAUAUAACGAAUGCCUCACCGAGUCUUCAAUUACUGAACCACUCCCAAACCGCGACGUCAUGGACCACCGAGCCUCAGUUACUUACCAUCUAGUGGAAGAGGGAACCAAACGCGAGAGAGCCAUGCCUAUAGAUAGUCUU